AGGGGGGUGUGAGGAAGAGCGAGGGAGAGAUGGGAAAGCAGGAGGAAGAGGAGAGGGAGAGGCUGCAGUCUCUUUGCUGCGUGACGGCGUCUGCAGCGUGAGUUUGUUUACAUCCACCGGCAGCGGUCGGAGUCCUCGGAGAAUAAUAACAGGGAGAUGCUGCACGAGACGUGAGACGGAUGCAGGGGGGGGGGUUUACUGACACGGUCACUGCUGUGGUACAACUUUGCUUCAAGGUUCUGAGCUGGGAGCCACUCAUCCUCACUGAACCUGGAUCAGCUCACUUCCUCUUUACCUUCAUACCAUCCAGACACUAGAGGUGAAUGAGAUCUACGCAGGAAGUGGGGCUCAUCACAUGGGAGUGUGUGACGGUGUGUCGCCCGCUCGUCCCGGACAGGCAUGGCGGGGGUCAGAGAGCGCGGCUCCCGGACACAGAGGCCGUGGUCGGUGUACCGGGCCACCACGUUUGAGCUGUCCGACGAGAUGAUCGGCCUCGCUCUCGCAGGAAAUAGUCAGGACCCAGACGAGCCUGUGCUGGAGUUCAGCGUCGUCUGCACAGACCUGGUGACUCCUGCUCUGGAUCGAAAGCCCAACAGCUUUGUAGCAGUGAGCUGUACGACGCCGCCUCAGGCCUUCUGGACCAAACACGCCCAGACUGAGGUCAUAGAGGGCACCAGUAAUCCCAUCUUCCUCAGCAGCGUCGCCUUCUUCCAGGAGUCCAACAUCAACCAGCAGACGCAGGUGAAACUGGCCGUCUAUGACGUCAAGGACCGCUCGCAGGGCACGAUGUACCUGCUGGGCUCAGCACUUUCUGUCAAGGAGAUUUUGCAGGAGAAGAGCCACAGAUUACAGCUGGAACUGAGAUCUGCGGAGAACGUGCGGGUGGGGAACAUCACCGUCACAGCCUGGCAGAUGGAGGACAGAGCGGACCAGAGGAUGUCGCUCAACCGCCUGCCAGACGGCAUCAACGGCCGGACGGUGCUGACUGUUGACGAGAGCCUCACGGAGUCGAUGGGAGUCCGGAUCAAGUUCGCCUCGCUAUGCAAAGACACCCUGCUGCGCUCAGUGUUCGGAGGCACAAUGUCCAGGAUGUACCGCUUCCCCACGACUGACGGGAAACAUCUACGCGUGCUGGAGCAGAUGGCUGAGAGCGUCCUGUCGGUCAACAUCCCCAGACAGUUCGUCAAGCUGCUGCUGGAGGAGGACGCGGCCAGGGUCUGCGAGCUGGAGGAGCUGGGAGAGUUGUCCCCCUGCUGGGAGAACCUGCGGCGACAGAUCGUCUCUCAGUACCAGACCAUAAUACUAGCAUACCAGGAAACCCUGUCUGACCUCAGUGAUUACAGAGGUCCGUCAUUCAAAGCCAGUAACCUGAAGGCAGAGAGGAAGCUGGAGUUCAUGCCAACCAACCUCCACGUUCAGAGGAUGAGGGUUCAGGACGAGCUGGGCUUUGAGCACACGUAUGAUGUGAUAACAAUCGGAGCUCCGGCCGCUCACUGCCAGGGUUUUAAAAACAGCGGCCUGAGGAAACUCAUCCACAAGUUUGAGGAGGCGAAGAAACACGUAUAUGAGGAGGGAUGCGCCCUCUCCAGCUCGCAGUCCAUCGUCUUCAUACCCCAGGACAUCGUCCGGGCCAAAGAGAUCAUCGCCCACAUCAACACGCUGAAGACUCAGGUCAGCUACUACGCCGAGAGGCUUUCCCGCGCUGCCAAGGACCGAUCGGCCAGCGGACUGGAGAGGACGCUCGCCAUCCUGGCUGAUAAGACUCGUCAGCUGGUCACCGUGUGCGACUGUAAGCUGCUGGCUUCAGCUAUUCAGGCCCUGAACGCCGCGCGGCCGGAGUACAUCGCCUCCAAAGCGUCUCCUUCCGCCGACUCGGAGCAAGUGGUCCUCCGCAACGACCAGGACACGCUUCUCGCCAAGUGGAGCGGCCGCAACAGCCGAUCCUCGCUACAUGUGGACUGGCAUGAAGAGGAAUGGGAGAAGGUUUGGGUGAACGUGGAUAAAUCUCUGGAGUGCAUCAUCCAGCGAGUCGACAAACUGCUCCAGAAGGAGAGGAGGCCCAGCGAUGCCAGUCAGGACAGUACCCAGAGUGACCAGCAGGGUGGCGGCAUUAAGAAAGGUAACAGAGGAAAAAGACGAGCGUUCUGGAUCAACCCAGGAAAUAUGUCAGAGGAAUCUCUAUCAUCAUCAUCCUCAUCCCCACUUCCACCUUCAUCAUCACCUCCUCCACCACCUUCCUCAUCCUCUCUGCCUGCGCUCUCCUCCACUCAUCCUGAACACGACUCCUAUGGAAGCCCCGGUGCUGAGGAGGCGUACCCAGGUGAGUGGAGCGAGGCGUUGUACCCUCUCCUCACCACGCUCACCGAGUGCGUCGCCAUGAUGAGCGACAAGGCCAAGAAGUCCAUGGUCUUCCUGCUGAUGCAGGACACCGCCCCGACGAUAGCCAUGGACCUGUCGCUGCAGUACCGCCGCGACGUGGUCUUCUGCCAGACGCUCACCGCUCUCAUCUGCGGCUUCAUCAUCAAACUGAGGAACUGUCUCCGUGACAACGGGUUCCUCCGACAGCUCUACACCAUCGGCCUCCUGGCUCAGUACGAGUCCCUGCUCAGCACCUACGGGGAGGAGUUGUCCAUGUUGGAGGACAUGAGCGUCGGCAUCAUGGAUCUGCGGAACGUCACCUUUAAGGUGACCCAGGCCACCGGCAGCUCGGCGCCCGACAUGCUGCCGAUCAUCACCGGGAACCGAGACGGCUUCAACGUCCGCAUCCCGCUGCCGGGAACCAUGUUCGACGCUCUGCCUCGGGAGAUCCAGAGCGGCAUGUUGCUGAGGGUGCAGCCGGUGCACUUCAACGUCGGCAUCAACGAGCAGCAGACGCUGGCGGAGAAAUUCGGAGACACGUCCCUGCAGGAGAUCAUAAACCUGGAGAGUCUGUCCAGGUUGAAUUCGUACUACGAACAGUUCAAAGAGGUCCUGCCUGAGGACUGCCUCCCGAGGUCUCGUUCUCAGACCUGUCUCCCCGAGCUGCUGAGGUUUCUGGGGCAGAACGUUCAUGCCAGGAAGAACAAGAACGUGGACGUCCUGUGGCAGGCGGCCGAGAUUUGUCGCCGGCUGAACGGCGUCCGUUUCACCAGCUGCAAAAGCGCCAAAGACCGCACGGCCAUGUCGGUGACCCUGGAGCAGUGCCUGAUCCUGCAGCACGAACACGGCAUGGCGCCGCAGGUCUUCACGCAGGCUCUCGACUGUAUGCGCAGCGAGGGCUGCAGACGAGAGAACACCGUGAAGAACGUGGGAUGUCGGAAGUACGCGUUCAACUCGCUGCAGCUCAAAGCCUUCCCCAAGCACUACCGACCGCCUGACGGCACCUACGGCAAAGUGGAAACCUGAUUGGACCGCAGAGCCCGGUGUGUUGGGAUGUUUCCGUGUUAUUGGACCAGUGUGUUCUGGGAAGCGACGACAUGUAACUGUGUAGAAUCCAGACAAUCCAGACACGGAUCAAUUGGUCCAUCACGUCGCCUGGUGGCUGUUCCAGAGGCUUUGGAUUUGGUUUGUCUGGAGAUGUUUCUCCCUGAACCCACAGAUUUCUCCGAGCUGAGUGUAAUAUCUGAUCGUAGGUACUGUAGCACUGUCUUAUGUCACGUUACACAACACAAGAAUGUUGCCCCUGGUAGCUCUUUACUUAGAAAUGACCGCCACUGCCUCCUGAUCAAAGACUGAUAUAAUCAUCAUGAGCUUCACAGACAUUAUUAUGUAUCAAGACAAACUAGAAUAACUCAUUAAAACAGACGAUACUCUCAUGGAAACACAUUCUGACUGUGCGUGGUUGUCAGUCCGAGUCCCAUCAGUUCCUACUGAAGACGUGACUCUUUAAAAACAUAGUUCCAUCUUUUAAAUAAUGUUUCCCCUUCACAGUCGUUGAAGAAUGUGCUAUCAGGCCCUCUUAACUUCUGAAGUGCCCUUAAGCAAGAUGUUAAAUCCUUACCAGCGUGACGGGGGGGGAUCUGUGACGACUAGUUUUCAUUCCAUCUUUCAAGUGAAUAUAUUCAACCAAACAAAACAAAUUAAUGUCCAACGCGGAUUUGUUUGGACGUUUUUAUAUCUUUCUUCCCACAGUUUUGAUUUUAUAGUUUUUGUGGUGAUCCAUAAAAACAAUACAGCUCGUCCAAGGUCAAUAAAUCUGACCUCAAAUAUUGAGUACUGUUAAAAUAUUCCUAAAUAUGAUUAAGAAUUGAUUUAUGAGUCUAUUUAGUUUCUAUGCAAAAUUUUUCCAUAGGUAUUCUGGAUUUUAAAGAGGUUUCACAGACACAAUGUUGAAAAGCAGCUAAAAACAACAUUUUGGGCAUUUUAUUUGUUUUUAUUCACACUCCUGCCACAUUCAUCUGCAAUGCUCUGUUUGUUCCACCAGGGGGCGCCAUUGCUCCGCACUGUAAAGCCUCCACAGUUUGUUUGGCUCCAUCACAUGUGACCCGUUAAGUGAAACGCAUCUUACUGUAACAUGAACCACACUGUCAGACUGUUGUUCGACUGCCGCCCACUCGCACCUGUCACUCAGCACAGCUUCUGUUCUGCAGCAUCGUGUCACACGUCUGCCUCUGAAGCGUGAGGCCAGAAAUAAAUAUGAAAACGGUGCUUUUGUUUUCUGCUGUCGAGUUAAUAUGAAUAUAGAGACUUUAUUAUUAUUACUCAUUAUUAAAAUAGAGAUUAAACUGAGUCGCUAACGAAUGGGCGGCUGAGUAUUUUCCUUGUGGGGCUUUGUAAUUUAUCACUUCACAAAAUGUAUUUAUCAGCAUUAAAUGAUCAUUUAAUCUCAA